AUGAAUCAAUCAGAGCCUGCCUCGCCCUUCUCCUGCAACAUCAGCCCGAGCUCUGAGCCCCACCUCUUCAUCGGCGUCACUAAGAGCGAGCCGUACCACAUCACCAUCCCCAUGACGGCCUUCUAUGGCCUGCUCUUCCUGUUUGGCGUCUCCUUCAACGGCGUGAGCGUGCUGACGCUGCUGACCAACGCUCGCAUGCGGGCCAGUGCGAUCCGGCUCUACCUGCUCAGCCUGGUGCUCUCCGACAUCCUGCAGCUGCUCACCGUGCCCGUCACCCUCUACCGCUACUACUGGGAGAGCUACCCCUGGCGGCUGGGAGAGCCGCUCUGCAAGGUCUACUUCAUGAUCCGCCAGAUGUACUGCGCCACCACCAGCUGGACCAUCCUGGCCUUCACCACCGAGCGCUACAUGGCCAUCUGCCACACCAUGUGGUCCGUCUCCAGCCUGCAGAGGACCCACCUGCCCUGCCUGCUGGCCUGCGUCUGGCUGCUCUCCCUGGCCUCCUCUGUGCCCUUCGCCCUGGUAUAUGGACAGGCGCAGGCCUGCGUCCUGGACUACACCGCCACCUCCCCCGAGGAGGCCUUUGCAGUGUCCACCAUGUGCGAGAUGACAGAAGCGGAGCCCUCACCCGUCUACAGGGCGGCACUGCUAAUGAGAGGCAUCCUCUGCUUCCUGGUGCCGCUGCUGGCCAUCUUCGCGCUCUAUGUCGCCAUCAUCUCACACCUGCUGCGCAACGGGCGCCAGCGGAGUGCCAUGGGGCUCACCAGGGUCAUGGCGGGGGUUGGCAACCCCUCGCCCCGCCAGCCAAAGGGGAAGCUGCUCUUCAACGAGAAGCGGGCACUCCAGCUCAUGGGCGCAGUGGUGGUGGCCUUCUUCGUGUGCAACUUCCCAGACGUGGCAUCCUCGCUCAUGCAGGUAUACAUUGAGGUGUGGUCCGACACGGUGCUCACGGUCUACACAGCGCUCAAGUCCUACCUCUCGUUGCCGCUCUGGUACGUCAACAGCGCCCUGGACCCCAUUCUCUUCUGCAUCUCCUCCGACACCUUCCGCGGGGCCUGCUGGAAGACCCUGGGCCCGCUCUGGCCCCGCUGCCCCUGGGCCGGCCGGGCGGCGAGAAGGGCGGCUGUGGCUGGAAAGCUGAGCCAGAACUCCUCCGGGACCGUGAGCAUGUCGGGGCGGGAAGCAUGCGAUUAA